AUGGCUUCUGAAGCUGGAGAAAAACCAGAGUCUGGUAGCAAGCUAGUGAUGGCGACAAAGCCGCAGAGUUGGGUGCUUCCAAUGCUGAGACUGUUGGCAUUUUCGGCCACAGCAUCGGCUGCACUUGUAAUGGCGCUCAACAAACAGACUAAAACCUUCGUUGUUGCCACUAUUGGAAAUACCCCACUGAAAGCCACUCUCACGGCCAAGUUCCAACAUACCCCAGCAUUUGUGUUCUUUGUGAUAGUUAAUGGGAUGGCCAGUCUCCAUAGCUUGUUGAUGCUAGCUGUGGACUUUAUUGGACCCAAAUAUGAUAUCAUCGGACUCCGCUUCUUGGUGAUUGCAAUUUUAGACAUGUUGAAUGUGGCUCUGCUGUCUGGUGGAGCAAGUGCAGCGGCAUUCAUGGGACAGCUAGGAAAGAAUGGUAAUUCACAUGCAAGAUGGAAUAAAAUCUGCGACAAAUUCGACACCUUCUGCGACCAUGGAGGCGGCGCCAUGAUCGCCUCUUUCAUCGGGCUGGCUCUCUUGAUGAUCAUCACUGCAAUCUCCAUCAACAAACUCAAAAACCAGUUCAACAACUGUGUUGUUCCAUGAUUAAAUGCUUUCAUCCGCUUGCAUAAGCUCCUGUGUGUUGUGUAUUUCUGUGUUUCCUCCAUGUUAGUGUGAUGCUAUUCCGGGCAGGUAGUUAUUG